UAUGUUAACAUCUUCUAUAGUGAGUGUUGAUUCUAGCAAAGUAUAUAAACCAAAGGCCAGUUAAGUUGGGUUGUUAUCUACUGCAAUUAGCAAACUAGGUGAUUCUAGCUUUGUUUCAAAAAGUAGAGAGUCCACAAACAUGUCUCCAGUUAGAAUGAGAUUAUUUAGAGAUUCUUCUCCAAAAUAAACCAAAGGAUUACAAGGCAUAGUGGUUGGAGAAUAUCAGUAAGAUUAUUAAGUAAAUAUUUUAGUCCAUUGACACCUACUAAUAUAGUUUUUAGUAGUAUUCAUAAAAGUACAUCACCUCUGAGAUCUAGUAGAAAUUAUAAUGAGUCACCAUAAAGAGCAAAGGUAAGAUUGGAUAGAUUUAAAAAUUGGGAUUCAAAGUUAGGACUAGAACUCCAAAUAUAAAAUACCAAAUUUACACGUCUCAAUAAUGAAUUAACUUAUUUAAGUCAUUAACCUCAUCAUCAGACAACAAAAUCAGCUAUUUUCUUGGGCAGCAAUUUAAGUAGAUUAGGUGUUGGUGGAAAUUAAAGUGAUAUGAGACUUUUGACAGCCAAAUUGAAUUCCAUUCCACCCUCUCAAAUUGGAACCUUUACUGCAGGGUAAGAAAUAUUAUAUGAUAUUUAUAGUCAUUCUCAUGAAUUGUCUUCAUUGCAAUAAUCACUGAGUAGAAUCAUGAAAUCAAGCCGACAGUAUUGAAC